AUGCGCCAAUCACUCGUCCAACUGUACUGUUAUGACUUGUCGGGCGGAAUGGCUGAAAAUAUGAGCAAGAUGUUGAUUGGGGAGCAGUUGGAUGCGAUCUGGCACACCGCCAUCGUCGUCUAUCAGAAGGAGUUUUACUUUGACGGCGGCACGGGCAUUGUCCACGAGUCCCCGGGGAAAACGCGUUUUGGUCAGCCAAGGCGCGUUGAGGUUCUGGGAGAAACAACCAAAACGGAGGCGGAAUUUCUUAUGUGGACGCAGCAGCAACGUGGCAGUGGAUUUGGUCCAAAUGAUUACAGCCUUCUUUACCGUAACUGUAAUCAUUUCACGCAGGAGGCGGCGAGAUUUUUGGUAAACCGAGAUAUUCCAGAUGAAAUACGCAAUAUGAUCCCCAAAGUGUUGGGGACGCCUCUUGGUCGUAUGUUGCGUCCCCUGCUGGAGAGCGUAACUGCAGCUGGGAAUUCGGCCUCGCCAUCAACCCUACAAGGGGGUGCCCCUCCCGCGGCCGAAGAAGUUGGCCUGCAUUCGACAAGGACGCAACUUACAGAAGCCGAAGAGGAAGACCUUAUGGUCGCUUUGGCGAUGCUACAGAGCAAUGAGUUUUUGUCCUCGGGCUCUCAGGAAGGCUUCGAUAUCACGCGUGGGGCUAUUGCACUUCUUCGCACAUCCCUGUUGAAUAUAUUGGAGCAACCGACUGAGCCUAAGUACCGAGGACUUCUCACAACCAGUCAAAGUUACAAGACAAAAUUGCUUCCACUGGAGAAAUUUGGCGUGGUUGAAAUUUUUCGUCUUUCUGGAUUUCGUCUGCGUCAGCAUCCUUCCGGCACAGGGCAGCAAUGGUAUCUUAGUGAUGCAGAUGGCAGCGAGGAAAUAUUAAGUAUCAUGAUUGCCUAUUUGAACGAGCUGAUGGACGCGGUGGAUAGGGAGGCACCCGUAUCUGUUUCUGUGGACAAAAACCCCACCUGUCAUGAGGUGCCGCAUGACGUUCAGGGGAUCGAUCCCCCGGAAGGGGUUACGGAACAGGACCCAGGCGAUACUGCAUUGCAAAUUAUUCAGCAUGAUGCCGGACAGCCGCUGUCAUCCCUUAAGGAGCUGGGGGACUGGUCAGCUACUAAACCAGGUAUCAUCACGCCCGCUGUGGCUUGUCGUCGGCGUGUUGUUGGCAAUCCCUUGAAAGCCACUCGACUUUUGGUCUGCCAUGAUAUGCGCGGUGGGUACAAUCCCAGUGAUUACGCCCGUUUCGCACUUUGUGACGCCUCUUCCUCUGUGAACCCGGUGGUAGACACCAGUUACACGGUGAGCUACUGGAAUCUUGUGGAUUACUUUGUCUACUUUUCGCACCAUCGUGUUUCCAUCCCGCCGAAGGAGUGGAUCAACACCGCGCACCGUGAGGGUGUUCCCAUGCUCGGCACCUUCCUCACGGAGUGGGACGCGUCAGACAUUUGCAUGAUGCUUGACAACGUGGAAGAAAUGGAUAAAGUCAUUUAUCAGCUGGUUGAAGUUUGCAACGCGUAUAAUUUUGACGGUUAUUUGAUUAACGUUGAGAAUCGCCUGGACCCGAUACUUGCGUGCCGGUUGGUGCCAUUUUUGGCUAAGCUGCUGCAUGCACUCAACAAGAACCGUCCCCUAUCCUCCUCUGAAAGGACGGUCUUCUGGUACGAUGCUGUCACCAUAAAAGGAAAACUGAGAUACCAGAACGGUCUCACGCCAGAGAACAAGCCAUUUUUUGAUGUGGCUAGUGGUCUAUUCACAAAUUACGGAUGGAGACCAGGGCAACUGCCCGUCUCGGCGGCACUUGCGGGUGAUCGUGCUCGAGCAGUGUAUGUCGGAGUGGACGUAUUUGGUCGUAGUAACAUGUAUGGAGGUGGUGGGUAUGACAGUGGCAAGGCCGCGGAAUGUGCGGAAAAUGCGAAGCUUUCCGUUGCACUCUUUGCCCCUGGAUGGACGUUGGAGAUGGAGGGAAAUGCUAACCGGGAGACCUUUCUUCGUGCCGAUGCCAAAAUGUGGUUUGGGCUGCAGGAAAUAUUUGAAAGGAAGUGUAUUGAGUAUGACACGCUGCCUGUCUGGAGCUGUUUCCGCUCAGGUGUGGGGAAGCAGUUUUACUUAAAUGGUAAACGCGUUGUGGAUGGGAGUACGCAUGUCGUGGAGUGGUGUCAACUCUCCCGGACGCAUUUUAUUCCCUGUUAUCAGUUCUCCCUCAGCUCAAGUGAGGAACACUCCUGGUGCGUGUUACCACAGAAAAGCGAUGAUGGCAAACUACGCUCCGUGUUGCCCGUGGAGUGGAUAACAGACCCAGUGUGGAUGGGUGAUCGCAGCAUGAGAUUUAAUUUGCCUUCCGCAAGUGCCGUGACCCUCAUGCGUUCGAAAAUAAGUCUUGCUGGAUGCAGUAACAUUAAUGGUGUGCUGGCGUUUGUUGACGCGGCGUGGUGGCGUGGCUCCAAUGAAGAUAAAUUUUUUUUGCCAUACCUGCUUAUUGAAGGCAGUUUUGGGGAUUCCACCUCUCAGAUUGUCUUCGACGAGGAGAAUGUUCCCGAUGGGACAGGUGUCGUUGCGUCUGUGGGUGGAUGGUAUGUUUUUCGUUAUGCUAUUCCUGCAAGAACAAAUUGGUCACAUAUAACGUCCAUAUCUGUUUUGAAUAAUUCGCCGGAUCAUCCGCUGGGCUGCACGCUGGGCGGUUUGGGCUUCCUUUCUUCUGGCGAGCGUGAGAAGACCAAAAGUGCAUUGCUGGUUGGACAGCCACAUAGGCUGUCUGCCGAGAAAUUUUCUGUCCAUUUGACGAAACAGCCAACGGUACGAGUGGUUGAGUUGAGGUUGGACGAGGAGGAGGUGGAGGAGGAGGAGGAAAAGUUGAUAAACUUCGUCCUGUUGGCGAAUGUGGUCACCGAAGACGGUGCUUCCGUCCGUUUGUACAUGGGGGAGCACGAGAAAAAACCAACCCUGUGGGUUGAACUUCGCAUCGCAGCCAAUGUCACCGUAAAGGAGUUGUUGCUUUACCCCGUCUCUCCCGGAAGCUGA